AUGUUAACUUCACCUUUACUCUCCGUCUGUAACCACACCUUUUCCUACAACCCCAUCAACUACCAUCACGUCCCACCUUUAAAGUUUCAAUCUUUAGCUUUAGGAAGAUACGGAAGAACUGAAUUUUCAUCUGGGUCAUGCUCUAAUGCUUCUAGAAGAAAAAGGGUGUUGGUUAAAGGGACGGUGGGAUUGGAGGAAGGAGUUGUGGAAAGUGGGAAGAGAGUGAAUGAAAGUGAAGGGUUUGAUGCAAUUGUUAUUGGGUCUGGGAUUGGUGGGUUGGUUGCUGGGACUCAGUUGGCUGUGAAAGGUGCUAGAGUUUUGGUUUUGGAGAAGUAUGUUAUUCCUGGUGGAAGCUCUGGGUUUUAUCAAAGGGAUGGUUAUACUUUUGAUGUUGGCUCUUCUGUCAUGUUUGGUUUCAGUGAUAAGGGUAAUCUCAAUUUGAUAACACAAGCAUUGGAGGCAGUUGGCUGUCGGAUGGAAGUAAUACCUGAUCCAACGACAGUUCAUUUCCAUCUACCCAACCACCUCUCAGUUCGAGUGCAUAGAGAAUAUGAUAAGUUUAUCGAAGAAUUGACGAGUUAUUUUCCCCACGAAAAGGAUGGCAUACUCAACUUCUAUGGCGAAUGCUGGAAGAUUUUCAAUGCCCUGAAUUCGUUGGAGUUGAAGUCGCUAGAGGAGCCACUCUACCUUUUCGGCCAGUUUUUUCAGAAACCGCUCGAAUGCUUAACAUUAGCAUAUUAUUUGCCACAAAAUGCUGGAGCGAUAGCCCGGAAGUAUAUUAAGGAUCCACAGUUGUUAUCUUUCAUAGAUGCAGAGUGUUUUAUCGUCAGCACUGUCAAUGCUUUGCAGACUCCAAUGAUCAAUGCUAGCAUGGUUCUGUGUGACAGACACUUUGGUGGGAUUAACUAUCCUGUUGGGGGUGUUGGUGGCAUUGCAAAGUCGUUGGCAAAAGGUCUAAUUGAUCAGGGUAGUCAGAUACUUUACAAAGCGAAUGUCACGAGUAUUAUCACUGAGCAGAGCAAAGCCGUAGGAGUGAGGCUUUCCGAUGGCAGAGUGUUCUUUGCCAAAACCAUAAUAUCAAAUGCUACCAGAUGGGACACAUUUGGAAAGUUAAUAAAAGAAGAAUCACUUCCAAAAGAGGAAGAGAACUUUCAGAAAGUUUAUGUUAAAGCUCCGUCUUUUCUUUCAAUCCACAUGGGGGUUAAAGCAGAAGUUUUGCCACUAGAUACAGAUUGUCACCAUUUCGUGCUUGAGGACAAUUGGACCAAAUUGGAAGAGCCUUAUGGUAGUAUCUUUUUGAGUAUACCAACUAUACUCGAUUCUUCAUUAGCUCCUAAAGGUCGUCACAUCCUUCAUAUAUUCACAACUUCUUCCAUGGACGACUGGAAGGGUCUCUCGAGAAUUGAAUACGAGGCAAAGAAGCAGGUGGUAGCAGAUGAAAUCAUAAGCAGAUUAGAGAAGAAGUUGUUUCCAGGUCUUAAAUCAUCCAUCGAAUUUAUAGAGGUAGGGACACCAAAGACACAUCGACGAUAUCUAGCUCGUGACGAGGGUACUUAUGGACCAAUGCCACGCAGCAUUCCGAAGGGGUUAUUAGGAAUGCCAUUUAAUACGACAAGCAUAGAUGGUCUUUACUGUGUUGGAGACAGUUGCUUCCCUGGCCAAGGUGUUAUUGCUGUAGCUUUCUCAGGAGUUAUGUGUGCUCAUCGAGUAGCUGCGGAUAUUGGGUUGGAGAAAAAGUCACCUGUUUUAGACACCAUGCUGCUUCGGUUGCUCGGUUGGUUCAGGACACUGGCAUGA